AUGUGCUCCGUUCGCGUUGAUCGUCUGGUCGGUGUCGCACAAAGUUCGGCCAUAUGCUGUUUCAGACGGGUGACGAAUGUGACGGGUGAUUCGGGCUGUGCGCCAGAAGGGGAAACCACUUCACCUGGUAGACGUAGAGUUGUACCGUACACUAGUUGGGCUGGGGAACAGUGGAGAUCCUCCUCAAUAGUGGAGGGAAUGGCAAGCAGAAUGCGGGGUAAAGAAGAGAACCAUGAAGAUGGGUUCAUUUGGGCAGUCAACGCAGCUUUGAGACAUUAUCCACUAACUCUCCCAUUGAAGAACCAGUCCCAGUGGUUCCACAAAGUGCAUACCGCAGCGCGUCCUCAGGAUGGUAAGUUUAUAUGUGGCUUAUCAGGUGUUUCUUUGCAGGAGCAUGAUGCGUACGCGCGGGAGCUCGCUGUGUUAUACAGUAUUGACCCGAAGUUAGAUUAUGGCACUCUUCUGGAUGAGCUCAAAAAGGUUCUGGACUCUAAAAAGACACGUCUUCAGAAGUUGUACAAGAUGAAGGCUGGUGUUCACAAAAUCGAAGGCGCUCGUGUGAGCAGUCAGCGGCCAAUUACUGAAUAUGGUGGGGCGUCUAGCUUAGGUCAUCCGAGAGAUUCAGCGACUGAGAAGCGUUCCAGCAAGGUCGCAACAACUGAUGUCGUUAAGAGUAUAAAUGAAGAGGUUCAGGACCUCACGCAAGAUAUCGGAGAUUUGGAGACGUCUCUGCUCUAUCUAAAACACUCCUCUUCUAGUACUGGUGGUGUUAACACCUCAAGUACAACCUCAGGAAGCGAAAGACUGGUGAGAGAUCAGGUCGCAGAACUCCAAAAGGCGCUGGAUAUUGAAUUGCAGGUUCGAAGUGGCGCACAGCGCCUGGUUGAGCGGUAUAAAAUGGGACCUCGAGAUGUCUUAGAAGAAGCUAAGCGACAAUGCGAGAACGCCAACAAAAAGAUCGGUUUUAUACGUAACCAAAUGGUGCGCGUGAAACAGCAAAAUGAAUUCAACCAGCAGUCCGGUGAUAUUUUGAACCGAACGGGCUCGCAGACCGUGGAUGUUAGGCAGCUGAGUAACGGAUCUGUCCCAGCCAUGGCUAAUUCCCGCGAUCCUCUAGUAAAUUGGAAAGCCAAAGUGUUCGACUUGGCGCACCGUUGUCGUGUUGAACGUGCAGUGUUACAGGGAAGCCGAAAAGCCGUGCAAGCACUUCUGGACAGCCAAACACAUGCCGACAAAACACGGAAGCUGGCGGCAUUGCACAAUGUCAGGGAGUCGUUGCACAAGUUGUACCUGUUCCAGCUGGCAUUGUCUGCGCAUUUGGACAACCCUCCAGAGAAAUCCAAAGAUGUUGAUGCGAUUCGUCGUGAUCCGGAACUGUCCACAUUGUUGGCUUCCGUGUGGAGUUCACAACAGCCUGCGCCACCCUCAGGAACUCUUCAUAUGCCCAGUGCUCCCACGGCAGUUACUGGCACGCUAGAAGUACGCUGUGUUGGUUGUCACGAUCUGUUGGAUACCUUCCCAUUUGAACUAGUCCAUAACGAUCUCACGGGCAAUGGCUCCUUUUAUAAUUCGGGCGCAGCGAAAGAACUUACUGCACGCAUAUCGGACAACCAAUGGGCGGAUGUGCGGUGCUGCUUCCUCAUCGAUAACAAACAAGUAUGGGAAUCCAAUUGGCGACCACCCGGGCAACAGUGUUGGGACGUGCAGACAGAGUUUAGCUUGGAUCAAGCCAAAGAGUUGCAAGUACAGGUGUUCUGGAGGCGAGUCUUCUCUCCUGUCGGUUCUCCACAGGUUAGCGUCAGUUCAGCAACCCUGUCUUCUUCGGCGGGCACCAUGACGAGGCCAAGUAUUUAUGGUCCAUCAGACAGUUAUGUGUCUGGAUUAGAUUGGGUAUUGGGAGCUGUCACAUAUCUCCGUCUGGAGGAUUUCCUUGGUUGUCAGUCCUCGCCUCUUGUCCUAGAGAUGUUACCCAAAGGCAAUGUUUUCCUGGUGCUGAAAUUCACGGACCCUCUUCUGACGAAACCCGUUGCCCGCCUCCGGAGACAACAGCGUCUGUUCUCCAAACGGAAAGGCCGCGAUAUUCCACGUUCCUGUGAAUUAAACAUCAACGUGCGCCUUUGGGCUCGACUGCUUAAGAGCGGUCAGCUACUCAAUGUCACUCGCCCAGUCAGCUCUGGUUCUGCUACGCUAACGCCGAGAGCCACUGAGACCGCCUACUCAACUCACUCUUCAGCCGAACCGCAGACUUUAAUGGGUCACGAGGGACGCUUUAUGAACACCGCAAUGUCAGACAGAAGGAAAGGCAGUUCUCCCCAGGUGACUAGCUCUCUUCAUAAACCAUUCGUCAUUGAAAUAGUGCGUUGGGUUUCCUUCAAGGAUGAAAGCACUUCAUGUCGCACAUCCGUUUCACGCAAGCCAUCAUCUCGUCGCCAUAAAAAGUCAUUUUCUUAUCCCAAUCCGGAAUUACCACUAUCCUAUCUUAAGCCUCUAUCUGUUGGAGCUCCUGCUUUCCGUGACCAUCGGCACUUUAUCUCAGGGCGUGAUUCAUGCACCUCAAGUGAAAACACACGCCGUCGCAGGUCCAUGCUUUCACGUAUGACGAACAGUCAGAUGAAACCGGGAGAAAAACAAAAAGUUUCAGCAAACAAGGCCCAAACACCCCCAGCUGCAUUCCCCUCAGAGAAGGAUGGCGGAUAUGAACGCAUUGUCACAGUUCCUCCGCGGGGUUAUCGCGAGGAAGACAAACUUUACCCUGCCAGACCGUCUGCUACGAGGACCCCCACUCCUCCCAAGUCCUCUUCAACUGACGAUAUAGCCAAACUGACGUCAGGUCCCCGUCCGGACAUGCACACGUCCUCUUCGCUUCAGGAUUACGAUAGGCCUCCACUCCGACCAGAUUACGAUGUUGCGGGUGACGUUCGUUCUGAUUAUUUCCAGAUACCUGGGGUCCCCACAAUGACCGGAACUGAUAUUCCAAAAACGGAUGACUAUGCGAAUCUAUCCGUGGCUUCGAAAAAUCAACGAGCGCGAUCAAUUGGACCUGAGUCUGCUUACAAUGCAGAUGAGCCGUCCUCCAUCUCCCCGCCACAUAAGCUCACUUCUUUGGAACCACGAACACCAACCCCCAGCAUACGAAAACGAGGUCCGGCGCUCAGCAUGCUGGAUUUUCGGUGCAUUGCGGUUCUCGGCCGUGGGCAUUUCGGAAAGGUGCUUCUAACGCAGUACAAAGCCGGCAGUCACUACUAUGCCAUCAAAGCCCUGAAAAAGGCAGAGAUUAUAUUCCGCAACGAAGUGGAUACCUUACUGGCCGAAAAACGGAUUUUCCAAACAAUCACAGAGGCCCGGCACCCUUUCCUGGUUAAUCUGAUGGCUUGUUUUCAAACUAAAGAACACGUCAUAUUUGUGAUGGAAUAUGCUCGAGGUGGUGACCUCAUGCUACACAUUCAACAGGACGUAUUUAAUGAACCUCGAGCAGUGUUCUACGCAGGCUGUGUUGUGUUGGGCAUCGGAUUUCUGCACUCCCGCAAGAUUGUUUACCGAGAUUUGAAGCUGGACAACCUACUAUUGGACUCCGAAGGUUACCUCAAAAUGGCAGAUUUCGGUUUGUGCAAAGAAGGUAUGGGCCCCACAGAUCGUACAUCCACCUUUUGUGGCACUCCGGAGUUUCUGGCCCCGGAAAUUCUAACCGAUCGUUCGUACACGCGAGCAGUCGAUUGGUGGGGUCUGGGGGUGUUGAUCUACGAAAUGCUGGUUGGAGAGUGCCCUUUCCCGGGUGAUAGUGAAGAAGAGAUUUUCGAAAACAUCACCACACAAGAAGUCAGAUAUCCUCGGUACUUGAGCAUGGAGGCGACAGUUAUAAUGCGCCGGUUGAUGCGACGAAAUGUGAACCAGCGACUCGGUUCCUCUUCGGAGGAUGCCGCUGAAGUUAAACGCCAACCAUUCUUCCGCAACCUGGACUUUGAUGCUCUACUAGAACGCAAAAUCCCGCCGCCAUUCGUUCCCACACUGAGAGGAACUGAAGAUGUUUCUAAUUUUGACGAAGAGUUUACACGAGAAGAGGCUGUGCUGACACCCGCCAAAGACCGACCAGCACUCACCGACAACGACCAGGCCUAUUUCUUCGACUUCGACUACAUGCCUUCCUCAAUCUAGUCAUAUUUCGAAUCGUGAACAGGCUUCUGGGCAGUCAAUACGCAGGACGGGCCAAAUGAGCGUUCACGUUUUACAAUCCCUCGAUUAUUGCAAAACAUCUCUAGUGUUUGGAGGCUCGUCUGAUCAUCGAGAACUAUUCCCGCCGUUCUUGAUCUCCGACCUUUUUUUUACGGCCUAGGAAGAUUGCAGCCUAACUUCAGUAUUUCUUAUCCCUCGCCUUAUGCCAUUCAUAAGUGACCAUGUGAACUUGCACGUCUGCUGACCCAAGAGCAAUCCAUUGUGCAAGAAUCUCCUUCCAAUUGUUUUAUCUGCACUGCCGUUGUUUUUCUAUUUCGGGUUUGAUUCACAAGCAGAACACUAAAGAUAUUACUACGUGCGGAGGGCCUAAUUGUUUUGUUUCCUUCCCCCAUAUAACCAUGUGUAAUAAAAUCGGAUGUUACCCUUUGGUUCUGAUGAGUUAAUCGGUCAUUUUAAAGAAUUGGUCUCCAAACAGUCUUUUUUGUAUUCCUUUCCCCCUCUGUGUGACGGUCUUUAUGUCUUUAGACCAUAUUCACUGACUCAAAUCCAUGGUCUUUCCCGGUGUUACCAAUCCCCUGGUUCCUCCUUGCUUCCACAUGGAAUUGGGGCGGGAUUCGAUUACAGAUUCGACCACUUUUCCUUUUAACUUCCUGCCAAUUCGUUUUGCGCCGCACAAACAGUAAUGCGAUUAUGCUUGGAAGCACACGUUUUUCCCGUCGUAUUAGCGUUUUUGCAUUUUCACCACUCUGCCCUUGGUCCCACGUCACUCCCCUGCCGCUGUCGCUACUGCUGUGCGCUAAACGAGCCAAUAUGUAUCUGGCCAAAUGACUAUUUUUUGCACUGCUGAUCAUUUGUUGGUAUUUGUGGUUCAUUCACACUAGAG